GCCCACAGCACACAUGACAAAAGGCCUCCAGCCUCCACAAACAAAUUAAGCUCCCGCACCACACAGCUCCCACCCUGGCACCCUCCCCGUUGACCCACCAACGACCUCCUCCUCCGCCGGCCGCCCGGCGCCAGCAAUGCCCGACAGCGGCCACCCCGAGAGAUCCUGCUGCGGCAAGCUCUUCACCUUCCUCUUCGCCGCCGGCUUCAUCAUCCUCAUCUACUGGGCUAUCUUCCAGCCGCACCACAUUCGCGCAACGGUCAGCUCCGCCACGCUCACCAACCUCACCGUCGCCCCCGACAACGCCACCGUGUCCUACCGCCUCACCGUCGGGCUCGAGCUCUACAACCCCAGCCUCCGCGUCCCCAUCUACUACGACGCCCUCGACGCCGAGCUCCGCGCCAGCGGCGGCGCCUCCCUCGGCGGCCCCGCUGCCCGCGUCGCCUCCUCCCCGGCUGAGUUCUUGCAGCGCAGGAAGAGCGCCGACACGGUCAGGCUAGAGUUCGAUGGGAGCACCGGCGUCAGCGUUCCCGGCGACGUCGCCAGGGAGCUGCAGAGGGAGGCGGGCGCGGGGGCCGUGAGCUUUGAGGUGGACGUGGACGCGCGGGUGCGAUACAGGUUUGCCAGCAUCAAGAUCCGCCAGAAGCCCAGGAUUUGGUGCUGGCUCACGGUUCCGGUCAAACCCGAGGGUGGCGUCGGUUUCGGCGGCGCUCUUGCCUCCGGCGACCGCUGUAGCGUCAAGUACUGAAGCUUCUUGGCCAGUUCUCCGCCAGUCUGGCUUGGAGUUGGAGAUGCCCCGGUGUCCCGGUUUGAUGUUGAUUUCAUUUCUGCAAAUUUUCAGAUUGCUCGUGUGAUGUGUAUCAUCGUUUCCGUAGGAUUGUUUGACUAUCAUUGAAUAUUGAUUGCAUUCUUGGGGAUUAAUUCAUUGACGGCUCAACGGUUGACAUA